CAUAAACAGCCAUCCCAACCACAGCCCAGAACCCCCUGUAUCAACAGUCUUCAAAUGGGCAUAUGGUCUUCCUGAGUGAUUGAUCUCAUCAGUAAGCAAUCAUUUCUAGGGUUUGGGGGUGGGCGUAGAAUUGAACGAUGAAUUGUAUAGGGCUGCAAAAGGUAAGUUGCCAGCUAGGUCUGCUUUAGACUAGGGCCCCUCCUCCGUCUAACUGCAGCAUAGGCUCAGCCACGUUGGAGACAACCCCUGCCUGCAGCGCAGCCAUCUUUCCACUCCCCUUCCCCCCCUCCAUGCAUUUCAGGUAGCAGUUGAUUGCUACAUCAAUUGCAUUUCUGAAAUAAGUCUUUAAGCUGCACACCAAUGGUUCCUGCUAAUCGGAACUUUCCUGUGAACCAUCCUUAGCAUCUUUCUUAGCAGCUGCUGGUACCUAUGUCCUAGCAACUGCCUGGCAACCACAGUGCCUCCUUAGCAACCAUCCUCCCAUAGCAACUUUCAUAGUAACCAUUGUGAGAGGAGAUUAAGUUGAAGCCACCAAAGAGGGGAGGUUCUUUUUUCUGCCGCCCCCCCUCCACCCCUGAAGAGCGAUCACAUCCUCACCCCUACAAUCUCUACAUCUGUCCCUCUCUAAUUAUUUCAAGAGUGCAUUUUUCAUCUUGAUUGUGUGCCUGGCUUCUGAUGCCCCAGACAAAAAGGCCCAGGAUGGGAGGGGUGAUGGUGGUCAUGUUGGUGAUGGUAGACUUUUUAUAGGAGAGUUAUAAUUGGGAGACAAAACCAUGGAGUUGUGAGGGAUGAAGGAACCCAGAUGGGAAGUGGGAAGAUGGAAAAAGUCACAGACAAUGUUGGUGCAGAGAGAGAAAGAAAAAACAGCAAUUUUAAGAUGGAUUUUGUGGAAGGGAAAAUAAAAGAAUCCGGCACAAUAUGGGAACAUUUUAAUAAUAAACACAACAUUUCUGUGCAAUGCUAAAUAUUGCCUUAAAAUUGCUGGGGCCUGUGGUUUGCAAAUAUCUAAAAUAAACUAGAAGAGUAUGAAAGUUCACACACACACAAAAAAAGCCAUCAAACCCAAACCCACACUGAGAAAUGCAUAAGCUCAAAUGGAGUCAGAGAUUUUGCCAAAUGCCUGCCUUGAAUUUCCCAAAAAUAACAGCCUAAAUAUUUGAUAGUUUCUUGCUGAACCUCUUUUGGAAAAAAAUCUAUAGGCAAUCUAAGGAGCUUGUUGUGUUUUACUCUUCUCAUCUGCUUCUUUACAAGGAACGACCAAAAUAUUAUUGGUUAUUUUUGUAACAAAAUGCAUAACUUAUUUUCAGAAUUCUUGUGGGAGGUGAGGUUACAAAUCAUGAAAUAAGAUUUGCAACUUCACUAAUAAAGUUUGCAUCUGUUUUCCUCCUCAGAGGGUUUAUUUUCUGUAAGAGAAUAGGCCUUGAACAAUUUCCCUUUAUUAUCUAGAAAAGGAGAUUUAUUUAUACAUUACCUUGGCAAAUCAGGAAGUUGUGUUUUUUAUAGGAACGGAUUGUUACAUACAUUAUGUUCCUCAUUUUUUUUUAAAAAAAAACGUAAUUUAUUUUCCAUAUUGCCUUUUCAACCUAUACUUAUGGGCACCUGCUAGGAUGGGGGCGUAGAUUUAUAUUCUCUCUAAUAUUCAGAAUAAUGUGUAGAUCCCAUCCCAAUUGCAUCUGCAAAAAGACAUUGCGUUUCAUUGUCAAGGACAGAAGGGGGGGGAGAGAGAGAGUCGCUUUGCCAAACCACUGAAGGUUUUACAUUUUUUUUAAAAAAAGAACCUUUCACGAUAUCCUUCUAUUCUUAUUCAAGUUUUUCCUGGUUUGGUACCAGAAUUUAUUGCAAGAAAGGAACAGAGAAGAGAAACUACCUGGCAAUGGCAAUAGAUCUAUAGGUGACUUUCCAGACGGGUAUGUAGGUGGCGGAGCAAGAAGGAUCCAAUGCCUUUUCUUACGCAAAGAAAUUCAUUUUGGGCUCCCCUGUUUCUCUAUUCAAUGAGAGAAAAAGAGGGGUUCUGGGUUAAAGAGGCCUGACAUCAUGCUUCCUCUCAAAAAUAAUUUCACCGAAAGGAAAUAGUCCAUUGCAUUUCUCUUUCUAUAAGCGAAAAGGAAAGAGGGGGUCCAGAUAACACAGUUAAUCAGUUAUGCAGCAAGCAGGAGCAGACUGCAGAAAAGGCACAUUUCCAAAACACAAAUAGAAAAAGCCUAGGUUGCUUUGGAAAGGCAAAAGAGAAAAAUCCUACAGAACUAGCCCUUGCAAAGAAGCUACUGCAUUUUCAUUUGCUAAGCAGACUCCUAGCUCCACGGCUCCCUUGCCUGGCAGGAGAAGGAAAUAGCCAGACUAGGUAUUCUGCAGGUCUGAAGAAAUCCAAAAUGCGCUGUUUGGAAAAAGCAGGACCCAACAUGCCUCUUCUGCUGCUGCUGCUUUGCUCCCUGUCUCUUCUACAAGGCCUGCCUCUCUGGGAAAAUGAGGAUGCUACUCCGUCCCCGCUGUUGGAGGCCCUCUCAUCAGAGGCCAUGGAGGGACCCAAGGAGGAGGAAAUGGGGGUGUCAGCAGAGGUGCGGGGGUCCCCGUCCCCCAGUCCCGAAGGCCUCUCUGAAUUGCUGCAGGGGACACUGCUGAGAAAAGAGUUUUCUGGGGGCGAGGUGGUGGAAGAGCCAAUUCCUGGAGGACAGUCUUCUACUUUGUCCCCAUUCCAUCCUCCCAUCCAGCAUCUAGAUGGUGGGAUGGUCCUUGAGACCUCUGAGGCCACAGCCACCAGCCCCUCCCCGCUGACCACCGUUGCCCCUCCCACUGGCUUCCUACUCACCACCCCUCCAGCUUCAACAGCAGCCGCUUCACCCCGGUUGCCCUCUCCACCGGACGAGAUGGGUUCUGCCAACCGGCCCAUCUCGGCCACCACCACAGCCUUCAUCCCUGAAGGUGAGGAAGAGACAACCACCACCCUGAUUACUACGACGACUAUCACGACAGUUCACACCCCUGUGCUUUGCAACAACAACAUCACCGACAUUGAAGGCUAUGUUGAAUCUCCCGAUUACGCUGGUACUACCUUUUAUGGAGGCCUGGAUUGUACUUACACCAUUUCAGUGUAUGUGGGCUACGGCAUAGAAGUACAGGUGCAGACUCUGAACUUAUCCAAGGAGGAUUCACUAACUGUGGAAGGUCUGGGAGGAGAGAAGCCUAUUGUCUUGGCCAAUGAGUCAUUGAUGGUUGAGGGGCAAGUGAUCCGUAGCCCAACCAAUCAGGUCCUGAUUCAUUUCCAGAGCUACCACACCACCACCCCUGGUGUCUUCAGAUUCCACUACCAGGCUUUCCUGCUCAGCUGUGGCUUCCCCAGUAGGCCAGAAAAUGGGGAUGUCAUGGUAACCGAUCUCCAUCCAGGGGGCUCUGCCACUUUCAAAUGUGAGUCAGGUUUCCAGUUGAGGGGUGAAGAGAUACUCAUUUGCCUCAACGUCAGCCGCCCUCUAUGGAGUGGCACCAGCCCUGCAUGUGUGGCUUCCUGUGGAGGAACAGUUCACAACGCCACUCGUGGACGCAUUGUGGCUCCAGAGGCCCCAGGAGGACCACGUGGUCGGAACCUGACCUGCCGCUGGUUGGUGGAAGCACCUGAAGGCCAGAGGCUCCAUCUACACUUUGAAAGAGUGGCGCUGGAUGAGGAUAAUGACAAGCUGAUGAUCCGCAGUGGGAGUAGCACUUUCUCCCCUAUCAUUUAUGAUUCUGACAUGGAUGAUGUCCCAGAACGGGGAUUGCUAAGUGAUGCUCAGUCCCUCAUUGUUGAAUUGGUCAGUGAGGGACCCGCUAUGCCCCUCAUCCUUAGCCUGCGCUACGAAGCUUUUGAUGAAGAUCGAUGCUAUGAACCGUUCCUGGCCCAUGGAAAUUUCAGCACAUCAGACCCUCUGUAUCGUACAGGGACCAUUGUAGAGUUUGCUUGCAGUGCAGGAUACAUGCUUGAGCAGGGUCCUUCGGCCAUUGAAUGCAUUGAUUCAAGAGACCCCCGCUGGAAUGAAAGCGAGCCCACCUGCAAAGCAUUGUGUGGUGGGGAGCUCUCUGAGCCAACAGGUGUUGUACUUUCUCCUGACUGGCCCCAGUCUUAUGGAAAAGGUCAAGACUGCGUAUGGGGCAUCCGGGUGCAGGAGGAGAAGAGGGUGCUGCUAGACAUUGAGAUCCUCAACAUCCGCAAGUCUGAUGUGUUGACUGUUUUUGAUGGAGGGGACUUAACCGCACGGAUCCUUGGCCAGUACCUGGGUCCCCAUCCACGGUUCAGCAUUUACUCUUCAGGCCCAGCAGUCACCCUGCAGUUCCAGUCAGACCCUGGUGACCCCCUUUUUGGUCUCAGCCAAGGGUUCCUGGUGCACUAUAAGGAGGUUCCUCAAAAUGACACUUGUCCUGAGCUGCCAGAGGUGGAAUUUGGUUGGCGUACAGCUUCUCAUACCGCUGUUAUCCGUGGCACAGUCGUAACCUACCAAUGUGAGCCAGGCUAUGAUAUUGUGGGAUCUGAUAUUCUCACCUGCCAGUGGGAUCUAUCAUGGAGCAACAGCCCUCCUACUUGUCAGAAAAUUAUAAAUUGUGCUGAUCCUGGAGAGAUUAGCAACGGCAAACGAAGCGUCUCAGACCGACAUUUCUCCAUCGGCUCUCAUGUCCAGUACUUCUGCCAUGAAGGCUACGUAGUGGAAGGGAGCAACACGCUCACCUGCUACAACCGGGAUACGGGCACCCCUAAAUGGAGCGACCGGGUCCCGAAGUGUGUCUUGAAAUAUGAGCCUUGUCUGAACCCCGGAGUUCCAGAGAAUGGGUAUCAAACGCUUUACAAGCAUCACUACCAAGCAGGGGAAUCCCUGCGCUUCUUCUGCUAUGAGGGCUUUGAGCUUAUAGGGGAAGUGACGAUCACCUGCAUACCAGGACAUCCAUCCCAAUGGACCAGCCAGCCACCCCUCUGCAAAGUCACCCAGACCACGGAUCCUUCCCACCAGAUGGAAGGUGGCAACAUUGCCCUGGCAAUCUUCCUCCCCAUGAUUCUUGUCAUCCUGCUGAUUGGAGGCAUCUACAUCUACUACACUAAAUUCCAAGGAAAAACUCUCUUUGGCUUCUCCUUUUCCAGCUCUCACAGCUACAGCCCUAUCACUGUGGAAUCUGAUUUCAACAAUCCUCUCUACGAGGCUGGGGACACCAGAGAAUACGAAGUUUCCAUUUAGAAGAUGUUAUGAGAUCUGCCAUUCUUCUCCCAAACCCAGCAAGGUCUAGGAGCAGCGACUGAGAAUGAUUCCUGAUUUGGAGGGAAUAGUGGAAGGUGGUUAUUGGGAGGGGGCAAAGGGAAAAUGGAGGGGAGAGAAGGAGUUUAUCCUUUCUACCCCACAAAUUCAGCUUUAUCUCUUCUUCUCCAUGUUGCUGCCUGACUGUCCACUCUCAGCUUUGGACCACUCCCUUCUCCCGUGUAAAUACCCUCUUCAAUGUGCCAAAUGUGUUUCUCACACACACACACACACAAAUACACUCACAGUGUUAUUAUUAUUCUGCUUUAUCUGUUCAUUUUAUUUCUCUAUUUAUUUAUUAUGUUAUACUUUUCCUCUUCCUUCAUUUUAAUGACCACUUCCCAUGUGGUUGAAAAAGGAGGAGAGAAUUCAUCCCUUCUUCCAUACUUUAUCACUCACUCUGUUUUUAAGGAAGUGGGCCUGAGUUCUAAAAGGUGCUGCUAUUGGAAAAAGUAUCUCUGUAAACAAGGUUUUACAGUAGGAUCACUAAACCGCAAUACAUGUGGCUUACCACUAGGAGAUAUAUUUAAUCUUAAAAUCAGUGGCAAAUGGAUGAGGGCAACAGAAAAAGCCAAAUACUGAGAGACAUUAGAAAAGAUAUCGAUCCCUAAUUCUUAAUGUGGAAGCAAGUCUCAUGUUGUUCAGAAGAAUUUACUUUCAUAAAAUUGGGAAUACAUUAGAUAACCAUGGAAAUAUAAGCAGGGUGAUAGAACCAUUGACUUUAGCUGUUCAGAUUAUACACCAUCAGAGUUUUACAAGUUCUGGGUGCUGCAACAUGCCCAAUCAGAAAGGAACCAGGCUUCAAUUUUAACGGAUUUGUGGGAUAUAAUAGACAUAUUGGAUGUAAUAGAUACACUUUCUCCUCUAUAUUACAGAACACCAAUACCUCCAGGAAUAGAUUGUCAGGUGUUAUAGGGGCUGUUGAAAUAAUCUACAAUGACAAAACAAUGUAAUUGUUUUACCAGAUUUAGCUGUAUUUUCCUUUUUCGUACCAUUAAUUUAUUUGGCUUAAUGCUUCUUACGCCUGUUCUAUGCUUUGCCUAAUGUUACUUACCCCCAAAAUGGAACAGUGUGAUGGGCAUAUAUGUAUGUAUGUAUAUAUGUUUGUACAACCCCAGGAUUAGGGUUGACACCCAGAUAAGCACACGCAGGGGUGCUGCCUAUGAAGGGCUUUCUACUUAUAUUUUAGUUGUUCUUCCUCUAAUUUUCUAAUAUUUAAUCCCACCUCUCUGAAAGCAAAAAUAGUAAUAAUAGUAAAAGAAAGCCAACAUAAUGUAGGUCUUGAAAAAAGAGGCUUGGUAGAACUUCAAUGAGCAAGCUUGGUUUUUUUGUAGACUGGAAGACAUGGACAACCCAUCGUCAAUAAAUUCAUUACUUAUUUGUUUGUUAGGCAGUUUAUCCCUUCCUUUCUGCCUGGCACAGCUUUCAUAGCACUUCCUCCUCUGAUUUUUCCCUAGAAAAACUUUGUGAUGUUGAUUCAACUGGGAUAAAAAUGAGAGAAGGGGAGUCAACUUCAUCCAGUCAACUUCCAUGACUGCAGGUGGACUUGAAUCUGAUCUCCAUGAUCCUUGUCCAACCCUUUUACCAUUAGACCACAUUGGCCCUUUAUUUACCAUAUUUUUUAGCAGUACAGAAUGGCUGUGCGGAAUCACUUUAGUUUUACAUUUGAGACUCAAAUAUAUUAAGGGUUGUCUCUAGUUCUACACAAAACUAGAAGACAUCCUAGUACAGAUAAUACAUCUUGUUUAGCUAUUGUGACUACUAAAAAUUAAUUUUAACAGUCCCCAAAUAUUUGGAGGAAUAAUUGGUAAACUCUUUUGAUUCAAGUUCCUCUGGACCUAUUUCCCAUGAAAUUCAUAUGGCUCUUUAGAUAUGGAGCAAAGCCCUUGAAUAAUAAAACACUGGUCUCUAAUGACUAGGAUCCAUAUAACUUUUAAAAGAUAAAAGUUGCAUCUGAUAAUUUUAUGUUGCUUUCAAAGUUAACAUUAUUAAUUUUACAUAUGCUUAUAAGGACCAUAUUUAUUACUUUUUAAUUGUACUCUGCAGCCCUUUUAAAAUAAAGAAAGUGUAUAUUUUUCCCAUUUGUCUAAUGUACUGACCCAAAUGAUAUAAUAGUGGAGGUUUUGCAGCCUCUGAUUCAUCCCAGUAUCAUCUGAAUGAUUAAAAAAAAAUAGUAGUAUAAUUAUGUCUAGAAAAGAUCAAUUUUCCUACUUCACAGAAUCCAAACAAGAAAAGAACAUGCCUGCUUAGUAUUAGACAAUUGCUUUAAGGAUUAAAUAGUAUUUCAGGAUAUAAACAGUUUAUUGACAGCCUCUCUCGAAUUAACAACACAGAAAGCCACUGACUGCCUUGAAUUUUCUUCAGGAUGCUGAAGUUUUGUGUGGCUCUUUCUUUUAAGUAUGACAACAAGAAAGACCCUUAGUGCCAAAAUGUAUGAAAAUAACACUUUUAAAGCUGUUCAAGAGACCUCAUCUCUUGAAGAUACCCUCUUUUAGGACAAGAGAGCAUCUGAAUGGAAUCGCAAUACUCAUCUCCCACACGGUAAAGUCUGUAGGAGAUGAGAAUAUCGUACCUAAAGCCACCCAAUUACUGCCAGUAUGGAGCUGGGCAUAAAAAUAUUACUUUCCAGUCUUUCUCCUAUCCCAAAUAGUGAAACUGACUUGUUAUAUCAACUCUUUCCUGGUGGCCAGUCUAGUAUUUUGGAAGAAGGUGAAAAGUAAUAUUUACUCCAGUUUUGUAGAUAUCCUUCCUCUUUAUCAUGCUAGGAGGACAGUCCUGACGCAUUCCCCCAAAUGACAGUGCAAUUUCUGGGGAAUGCUCUCCUUUGCAUUCUUACCAUUUAUAAUUUUAUUUUUUAUUUGUUGGCCUUUGGUUACUUUCCCCCCACUCCUUCUCAUUUGCUUUUAUUUUGGAGCAAUAAAUAAAGUCCAUCAUUU